AUAUAUAUCUUAAUAUUAUUAGAUAAUUCUAUAGCUUUUAUUUAAGGAAAUAAUAAAAAAUAACAUUUAAUACUAAUAAAUAAUUUUAUGAUGAGUUUAAUGAAAACUAUAGUUUAUAUUUAGAUGGACCAACUUACUUUUCUAAAGAUUCCCGAAAAUUAUUCUCAUGAUGACACGUGUCAUGCUUCUAAUGUUAUAAUAUUUCUCUUUUAAUAUAUAGGGAAUAUAUAAGUUUUAAUUACUAUCAAGGCCGGCCCAUCAAAGUUGAUAACUAGGUCACUUGCUCAAAUUAAGUAACUACAUUUUUUUUUUUUACUUUUUUCUCCGUACUUCUAAGGGGUUUGUUAAUUAAUCUUUUUCAAUGGUUCAAUCUAUGGGAAGUUCUUAAUUAGAAAGCUUAACAUUUACGGGCAAUUCUUAAUCAGAAAGCUUUACCUAUGCUUUUUUCUGCGUUUGCCCUCGGCAACGUGGGAUAAUCAAAGUCCAUCCGCAAAAAUAACAAAAAAUAAUUCUGCGCCUUAUUACAUCAGAGAGCAAAGCAAGACUUGUUGACUUAGGGUUUGAGCCCCUGCAUAAGGAGUUCUAAGGAGAGGUAGACCAAAGAGAGACUUUACUACUUUUUGAUUCAUUUCUCUUCUCGCCAAUUUUAUUGUCAUUUCCACUAAUACAUCUCUCUUUUUCUUUUCUUGUAAAAAAAUAUUCCUUGUUCAUAUCCCAGAUUUUCUUGGUCGGCUUGAUUAGGUUUACAUACAUUUCUGUUCUUUUGAAGCGAAUCUUGUCAAUUUAGUAAAAGAGUGUUUUUGAGGUUUCUUUAUUUUUCUCAGAUUUUGGGACAUUUUUUCUUCUUGGAGAAGUUUUCACUUUGACUUUUGGGUUACAACUGAUCUACGCUUUAGAUCUCUCAAGAAACCAUUUCUUGGUUUGGGGAUUCAGAUCCAAGAAGAUGGUGAAAGGGAAGAUCGAGAUCAAAAGAAUCGAGAACUUGACGAGUAGACAAGUCACGUUCUCCAAGCGUAGGAAAGGUCUCUUCAAGAAGGCUCACGAGCUUUCUGUUCUAUGCGAUGCUCAAGUCGCCGCCAUUGUCUUUUCUCAGAAAGGAAGAUUAUAUGAUUUCGCUAGCUCCGACAUGCAGAAGAUGAUGGAGAGAUGUGAGAUACAUAGGAAUGAGUACUUUGGGGAAGAGAAUCUCCGGAAACAGCAAUAUGUGCAGGAGCUCAAGAAUGAAAUGGUGAUAAUGGCUGACAAGAUUGAACUUCUUCGACUUCAUAGCCGGAGGCUGAUGGGACAAGAUCUGGAUUCGUGUUCGGUGGAGGAACUCAACGAGAUAAUUUCCAAAAUUGAGAAAAGCCUUACCAAUGUCAGAUCAAGAAAGGCUAAGUUAAAUGAAGAUAAGAUAGAGAAACUGAAAGAAGAGAUUGCAAAAGAGAAAGAGGUCUUCAACGAGGGAAGUAGGCUGCGGCAAAUGUUUGAAGCACAGCCCUUGUGGAUGCAGUCGAGGAGCCUGAAGAGUGAGAAGAGUGCACCUUCGUGUGACUGUGGUAACAUGAACAUAUCGGAUGUCGAAACUGAGUUGUUCAUCGGAUUGCGCCCUGAAAGUCAAAUGUAAUGAUAUAUUCGUAUCUUUAUCAACUGGUUCUUGUUUUCGUAUUGUCCGGACAAGUAUAGUUUUAAGUGUGGAUCGAUGUUUGAAAGAAUCGUGAAUAAGGUAGAGUAUAUAUAAGAAUUAUCUUACUACAUGUUUUAUUUUUCUCCCUUUAGUAGAUCUGGUUUUUGUUUAACUUUGUGGAAAAUUUGAGUUUUUUUAUAUAAUAGAAUUUAUAGUCUUAAUAUAUGGAGUAUGUAUUAUUUUCUUGUUAAUUCUUAUUCUAAUAGUAAUAUAACUUGCCGGCAAAAAGUUAUUUAAUAAUGAUUUUGUUUGAUCUACGCUCACAGAGAGAAUAUUUUUCUUAUUCUUCAUCCAGCUUUUUCAUCCCGCGAAGAUGUUCAAAAAGAAUUAAGAAAAAUAGCUCUCAGUAAUGUAAAUUGGGCUAUUAAAUCCAAACAUUUAAUGGUUUUUAAAUCAGUCACAAGGCCCACAACUAUUAACGCAAAUGAUAUGCAUUUUGGUAAUUUCAGAUUGGUUACAACAUAAUAGCGAUUGCAAACGCGAUAUGCGAAACGCACAUUGUUACACCUUUGAGAUUUUAUCGUUGAGUGAGUCCAUAGUUAGGGUCUGACUGGUUUAAACGCAGCGGUUGCGGUUACGGACGUUUGCGGGUGGUUGCGGUUUCUAGCGGUUUUAAGAGAUUUGUACGACUGGUUCUGC